CCUCCCACAGCUCACAGGACUAAGGACCAAAGGCACUUCUGGGCAACUGAGAUCCUGUAUCUCUACCCCAGCGAUGAGCCGACGUGUGGUUCGGCAGAGCAAAUUCCGCCAUGUGUUUGGCCAGGCAGCAAAGGCCGACCAGGCCUAUGAGGACAUCCGGGUGUCCAAGGUCACAUGGGACAGCUCCUUCUGUGCUGUGAACCCCAAAUUCCUGGCUAUUAUUGUGGAGGCUGGAGGUGGUGGUGCCUUCAUUGUCCUGCCUUUGGCCAAGACAGGACGAGUGGAUAAGAACUACCCACUGGUUACUGGACACACUGCCCCUGUGUUGGACAUCGACUGGUGCCCCCACAAUGACAAUGUUAUCGCCAGUGCCUCGGAUGACACCACCAUCAUGGUGUGGCAGAUCCCAGACUACACUCCUGUGCGCAACAUUACAGAACCUAUUAUCACACUUGAAGGCCACUCCAAGCGAGUGGGCAUCCUCUCCUGGCAUCCUAUUGCCAGGAAUGUCCUGCUUAGUGCAGGUGGUGAUAAUGUGAUCAUCAUCUGGAAUGUGGGCACUGGAGAGGUGCUGCUGAGCCUGGAGGACCUGCAUCCGGACCUCAUCCACAGUGUUUGCUGGAACAACAACGGCACCCUGCUAGCCACCACCUGCAAGGACAAGACUCUGCGCAUCAUCGAUCCUCGGAAAGGCCAAGUGGUGGCGGAGAGGUUUGCGGCCCACGAGGGGAUGAGGCCCAUGCGGGCUGUCUUCACGCGCCAGGGCCAUAUCUUCACCACGGGAUUCACCCGCAUGAGCCAGCGAGAGCUGGGCCUGUGGGACCCGAACAACUUCGAGGAGCCAGUGGCACUGCAGGAGAUGGACACAAGCAACGGAGUCCUACUGCCCUUCUAUGAUCCAGACUCCAGCAUCGUCUACCUGUGUGGCAAGGGUGACAGCAGUAUCCGGUACUUUGAAAUUACCGACGAACCACCUUUCGUGCAUUACCUGAACACAUUCAGCAGCAAAGAGCCGCAGCGCGGCAUGGGUUUCAUGCCCAAGCGGGGGCUGGAUGUCAGCAAGUGCGAGAUUGCCCGGUUCUACAAGCUGCACGAACGAAAGUGUGAACCCAUCGUUAUGACUGUGCCCCGCAAGUCAGACCUGUUCCAGGACGAUCUAUACCCGGACACUCCAGGCCCAGAGCCAGCCUUGGAAGCAGAUGAAUGGCUAGCAGGUCAAGAUGCUGAGCCUGUGCUCAUUUCAUUGAAGGAUGGCUACGUGCCCCCCAAGCACCGCGAGCUCCGGGUCACCAAGCGCAACAUCCUGGAUGUGCGACCCCCCUCCGGCCCCCGCCGUAGCCAAUCCGCUAGUGACGCCCCCCUGUCGCAACACACCCUGGAGACGCUGCUGGAGGAGAUUAAGGCCCUACGAGAAAGGGUGCAGGCACAGGAGGAGCGCAUCACCGCUUUGGAGAAUAUGCUGUGCGAAUUGGUGGAUGGCACUGACUAG